AUGGAGGACCUGAUGCCAGACGGUGUCAACUGUGUGGUUUCGUUCUUGGAUUUUCAUAACAGCUGUGAUGUUGUGCCUCUCUCGUCCUUGCGACCUUUUCCUAUCAUUGCCUGGGUAAGAACUUAAAAACAUUCUUUGAAGGCGCAUUUACAUCACAGAAAGAUAACGCCUAUUACAUUUUCACAAGUAGACCAGAAACUAUACCGAGGUGUGGUGACAAUAUGGUAAUGCAUUACAAUCAUUGUUUUAUUCCCAUUUACCAACAAACAUACAAAGCUAUCUAUUUUGAUACAAAUUUAAUCAGAGCAGACAAAAUAUGAGUUGCUCCAACUUUAUAGGCUCAUACCUGAAUUGGAACCGAUUACUCUUUAGCUUUACUUACAGGAUCACUGAUGAUAACUUUUUGGAUUAAUUGAUUUUGUAAAGUCUUUUAUAAUAUUAUACUGUUGAAUCUUGCAGUAGGCUGAAGAUGAAAAGGAGCGAAUCGAUUGUUCUGAUUGGCUUCGCAAGCGGGGUAGAUAGGUCCAUUAUUUUCCCGCGUUGGAAGCGCAAGAAAAAAUUCUCUUUUUUGGCCAUUUAAUAAACCCUUUAUUGACCAAAUGAUGGCUGGGUAUUGGCCUUGUUCUUCUUUGACGUUGUUAUUGACCUCGACUUUGUCUCGAUCCAUAAUUGGCUAAUAUCCAGUCAUCUUAACCUAACGUUUCUUCAGUAACGCAUAUGUCUUUUUCAGGGAGACAGUGGCAAUUCACAGCCCCAACCAACAGGAGCUAUUGCCACGGUACCUUACUAUACACAAGCAACACCCGUCAACAUCGUGUCCAGACCCCAGAUGGUCAUCCCCGUCAGUGGACAGCCUCCAUUCCAUGCUGGGACCAGACCAACGUUUGUUCACUCGGCCCAAGUCCCACCUCAAGUUCACUGGCAGCCUGCAACGAUGCAGUACCAAGAAGUGCGGGCAGCAGCCUUCCAGCCUGUAAUGCAUUAUGGGGCUGUGCCACAGGCAUCCGCAGGGGGUCCUGGUCAGGCACCUUAUGGAGUCCCUACCGGAGGUGGUAUGCAUUACGUCAGAGGCGUCAAGGAUAUCCAAGGACAAGGUGUGAGAGACUGGAACAGCAAACACAGAUUAUUAUUAUAUCUGCAAAAUAGCUACAAUUACAGUAAUGCCCUUUGAUGUUUUAUGUGAUGCUAGAGGCUACAUACUAUUUAUUCUCGAACUAGCGUCCUCCUUCAAAUAAGUGCCUCGUCUGAAUUAGCUUCCCCGGUCCUUCUGAGGCUAAAAACAUUGAUUUAGCACCAAAGGGACUUCUCACUCACUCACUCAGCUUAAUACUGUAGCGGCGUUUUUUGGUGACUGCCAAUUAUUCAGCUUUGCCCGCAGUCCAAAUCUCCAGGGCCGGGUUGUUUGAACCUGCGUUAAGAUAACCCAGGGUUAGUGCAAAAUUUGAACUCAGAUAUGAGAGCUUAAAAAACAAAUUCAGUUUAAUUCUCUUUGCCUACAAUUUGAUGAUUGGAUACUCUUAAAAGAAUACAGAAAUUAUCCGAGAGAGUGCUUUUGAUAAAAAGAAAAAGAAAUCCGGGUUAAAAUUUAACCCCGGGUUAGCGCUAACCGGCGUUCGAACAACUGGGCCCAGGGUGGUAUUAAGCAUGCGCGGCACUCAUGUAGUUAGCAUUUGCUCGGGCUCCCACUAAAGAUAAAUGGUAUGCAAAAAGCGCUCCAACUUCCGCGCGUAAAUUCGAUCGGAACCGCUUGCUACGCAGGCUAUCAUUAGCAUACUUGGAAUGUCUGUGUUUGUUCCGCUUUCUUACAGAUGUGUACAGCAGUAACCCUGAAGGUGGAAGAGGAAGAUCCAGUCCAACUUCAAGUGGUUAUUCCAAACCAAGAAGACCGAACAGAGCAACCCAGAGUUAUUAUGUACCGCCAAGACAACAAAAAUACAAAGACAAAGGAUAA